AUGGUGAGGGACACCGGCGGCGCCCUGCAGCUGCUGGCGGUGCUUCUCCUCGUCCUGGCGUCCGAGCUCGCCACCUUCAGCUGCGGCCACAGGAUCCCCAGGGCGGACGUCGCCGCCUGGAAGCGCGGGGCGACGCCGACGGGACGCACGGCGUCCACCACGACGACGACGACGGCCACUCGUGCCGGCGGCGCGGCGGCGGCGGCGCUCGGCGACUCCAAGAGGCUGGUGCCGCAGGGGCCGAACCCGCUGCACAACUAG